AUGAGUGAUGAUAUUGUAACAGAGUUGCUUUAAACAAUCGACUCCUAGAAAGUGCAGUUAGAUUAGCUUAACGAGGAGAAUAAAAAUCUUAAGAAUGAAAAUGCCGAAUUAAAAUAGAAUGUAGAGGAAUUAACAGGAGAGAUAUAUGACUUAAAGGUUAAAUAUGAAGGCAUCAUCAAUGAUAUCACUUAAAAUGAUAUUUCAAGUCCACCUCCCAAUUAAAAUAUAAAUGAAGAUGGCUAGUAAUAGUAGCUUAAUUAACAGCAAAUAGAGGAAAGCAAAUGUGUACAGUUAGACUAGCAAGAGCAGCAGGAAUAAAAAUUAAAUUUAGAUUAGCUAGCAAAUGCAAUAAACUCAUUAGAAUAAAAGCAAUACGAGGAUGAGGAAAUGAAGGACGAGUCAGAGGGGCUCUUUGGAGAUAUUCCUGAGAUGUAGAAGCAAAUGAUUGAAUUGACCUUAUCCUAUCAGAGCAAUAGCGAUAUUCAUGAGGAUGAGGAUAUUUUGAUAAUGGGUGAAUUCAAUAACUGGCUGCCCGACAUAAUGCAACGCCUUACUAACCAGAUAUUUCUUUACAAGGUAGAUGUACUGGCAGGAUAUAGGUACAGAUAUCAAUUCAUUGUGAAUGGAGACAUUACUAUCGAUACGAAUCAAGAAUUCAGUGAGAGCAAACUAGGCAGAUAGACUAACUUCAAGUAUGCUAUUAAAAACCCACUUAAUUAACCAAUGAUUGCAAGUGAACUAACUCCUCAAGUAUUGCAAAAGCUACCAUCAUUUGUGCAUCCUGAAAUGAAGAAAUUAUAUCAAAAGGAAUUUUACAAUCUACAAAAGUAGAAUACAUUAAUGAAGGAUGUGAGUGUUAGAAUAGGCAGUACAUUAAUUUAAGAAGAGGAGGACAAGGUUGAAUAGCUUGAAGAUACAGAGAGAAAGGAAAAGCUUUAUAAAUAUAUGCAGAGAAACAAAUACCUAAUUUAAAAAUUAAACAGACUUAGAGAAAUGCUAAACUUAGCUGAAGCUGCGUCAGAAAAAGAAGGUAUUGCACUUACAAAAGAGUAAAUGAAAGGCUCAGAUGAAGAGUAUUAGAUUAUAACUUCUAACAUUAGAGCUUUGAUAAAAGGCAGAUAUGUUUAUAGUUUAGACGACACCCCCAUAAACUAUGCCAUAAGAGAGUAUAAAGGAGAUACUAACGAGAUCCUUCUAAGAAGAGUCUACGACAAGAGUGGAGUUUUGCUAGAUGAUAAGCAAGGAUUAGUUGUAAAUCUAGUCUCAACUAAUGAGGAUACGUUCUUCACCAAGUACAGUCUGUAUAACUUGGAGGAUGAAAAUAAUUUUAAGAGAGAUAUGCUCAACACUAAGGAGCAUGUGUUUACAGUUAAGUAUCAACUAAUGCAAAUUGAUGAUUAAAUGGAAUGUAUGCCUCUUGAGGUCUACCCAACAGGUGUUCAAAUUCAGGAUUAUGAUAUCAGAUUUAAUAAACAAGCUGAAGCGAUUACAUAGGUCAUCAAUAAAGAAUUUGGUUAAGUUAAGUUCUAAUCAUUCAGAAUAGAUUAAGAGUGUGGCUAUGUCAGGGGUAGUGUGACUAAGAUAUAUACAUGUGAAUAUUUAGCUAAUGUUCUGAACAUUAUUCACGUGCAUGUUAAUGAUACUAGUGAUGAAGUGUCUAUAGAAGUGGAUUAUAUGGACGACGAGUAAACAAUUAAAGACUUUGAAGAGUUCAAGACAGAUGUUAAUGGCUAGAUAUUAAGAUAUAAGGUGCUUGUAAGAGAUCAAUGCAUUAAUUCACUCCUUUAUAAUGGAGGCUUUGGAGUGAUUGAGGAGAUACCUUUCAAAGAAAUAAGAAUGAAGAAAGAUUCAGUUAUGGAGGUAAAACCUAAAAUAGGGGUAGAGUACUCCACUGAGGUCAUGCUAGUUGAGAUUGCAAAGAUUCCUAUUUGUAUGAUGGCUAGUUUGGAUAAGAAGGUGAUCAACAGCAUCGUCUAAGACUUCCCAAAGCAUAGCAUGAAUGGAUUCUGUGCUGAUAGAUGCUUUGAAAGAUUACCUGGAUAUAUUGAUAUCAAUGUUUUGUCAGCAGAUAACUGCUAGACUUUGGCACAAGGAGAGACUAAGAUAGCCAUACCUAUUUGCCUACUAUAAGAAGCUAGCGACUCACUAUUAGCAAAGUACAGAUAGCUCUUAGAUGACAAGAAAGCUUAAGAGUCAGAUAAUAUUUCCACCGUUCUUGGUAAAAUAGAGAUUGUUAUGAAACACUUCGAGGAUAAUUAUAAUGAUCUUAAGAAUGAUCUUGAUAAAAUGCAGGAGAGUUUAAGUUAGCUAUAGAACUAGGAGAAUGAUCUUGAAAAUAUGGUAGAAUCGAUGAAAAAUAGUGAAGAUAUCAGCUAAGAAGUGCAGAUGAAGAUGAGAUUAAUUACGAAUAAGAGCAGUGCUGUUCAGAGACGUAUUGCUGCUGAGGUCAGAAUGCUUAAAUUGAGGAGCAGAUGA